AUGGGGAACUCGCCGAGUAAAUCCAAGGACAAGCUUCCGCCGCUCAGUCGCUCCGACACCGGCGCCCUGGCUCGUUCAGGGAAGCUGGUGCGCCUGAACCGCAGCCACCAGCGCAAGGCGGCGGCGCCGGCGCUGGCGCUGGCGUCGUCGGCGCCGACGCCGAAACUGGUGACCCCCGCUCCGCCGCUGCUGGCGCCGCCGCUGCUGGCCCACACCAACAACCAUGGCCUGAGCCACGGCACCCUACCGCCGGCGCUCUCGGCGCCCGAGCUCACGGUGACGCCGCUGGGCCAGGUGCCGCCCUCGUUGGCGGUGGUGACGCCGAAAGACCCCAUCCUCAUGCGCCGCAACACCAACGACUCCAACUUGCUGCUGACGCCCAAUUUCGGUGGGUUAGCGCUGCCCGGCGCCAACCGGUUGCUGCGCACCAACACCAACCACCUGGACACCCGCUCGGUGCACUCGUCGCACCUGCGGCUGGGGCUGCGGCUGGGGCUGCGUCCCGGGAGUCGCCCGGGGCUGCGGUCGGGUCUGUUUGCCGGGGGUCUGUUGCCCAACGGGUCGGAAAUCAUCGACGGGGGUAUCUUGCUGCGGACGCUGCUGAUCAACUCCCAGGCGAUCGAGGACGACGACGACGAGACCGAGGCCCCCGUGGUGAUGACGAAGAUUACCACUGUCGACAACGAGACGGUGGACAUUGAGGAUUUGAUCCAGAGGUUAUUGGACGCCGGCUACCUGGGGAAACGGACCAAGGCCCUUUGUUUGAAAAAUAGCGAGAUCCAGCUUAUUUGCGCCACUGCCAGGGAAAUCUUUUUGAGCCAGCCGCUGCUUCUAGAGCUCCUGCCACCGGUGAAAGUCGUCGGCGAUGUCCACGGCCAGUACGGCGACCUCAUUCGCAUAUUCACCAAGUGCGGGUUCCCGCCGCUGACCAACUACUUAUUCCUAGGGGAUUAUGUUGAUAGGGGUAAACAGUCGUUGGAGACGAUCCUCUUGUUAUUGUGCUACAAAAUCAAGUACCCAGAGAACUUCUUUCUUUUGAGGGGCAACCACGAGUGCGCCAACGUCACCAGAGUGUACGGCUUCUACGACGAGUGCAAGCGCCGCUGCAACAUCAAGACGUGGAAGAUGUUUAUAGACACGUUCAACACGUUGCCCAUCGCCGCCAUUGUCGCGGGCAAGAUCUUCUGUGUCCACGGCGGGUUGCUGCCAGUGCUUAACCUGAUGGACGAGAUCCGCAACAUUGCCCGUCCCACCGACGUCCCCGACUUCGGGUUGCUCAACGACCUCUUGUGGCUGGACCCCGCCGACACCGUCAACGAGUGGGAGGACAACGAGCGCGGGGUGCUGUACGUGUUUUCCAAGCUGGCGAUCAACAAGUUUUUGGCGAAAUUUGGCUUUGACCUUGUCUGCCGCGCCCACAUGGUCGUCGAGGACGGGUACGAGUUCUUCAACGACCGCACGUUGGUGACGGUGUUUCUGGCGCCGAACUACUGCGGCGAGUUCGACAACUGGGGGGCGGUGAUGCUGGUGAGCGACGAGCUCUUGUGCCUGUUUGAAUUGCUUGACCCGUUGGACCUGGUGGCGCUCAAACAGGUGAUGAAAAAGGGCAAGGCCGAGCGGAAGGCGGCGCGCAAGUGA